AUGGCCGUGAAGAAGGACAACAAGGCGGCGGCAUCCUCGUCGGCGGCGAAGCCCGCCAAGGCCGGCAGCGGGAAACAGAAGCAGCAGAAGAAGAAGUGGAGCAAGGGAAAGCAGAAGGAGAAGCUCAACAACGCCGUGCUGUUCGACCAGCCCACCUACGACAAGAUGCUGUCCGAGGCGCCCAAGUACAAGCUCGUCACCCCCUCCGUCCUCUCCGAGCGCCUUAGGAUCAAUGUGUCCCUGGCUAAGAGGGGCAUCAAGGACUUGAUGGCAAGGGGGCUCGUAAGGGGAGUGUCACUUCAUGCCAGCCAGCAGAUUUUCACCAGGGCCACCAAUGUACCAUCGAGUUAG